AGUUAGAGAGAGAGAGAGAGAGAGAGAGAGAAAUUGAGUGAGAAGCACAGACAAGUACUGUACAAAGGUGCCGGGAAUAAUAAAGGUGUGCCAGCAGGCGUGCAUCUUUGAAGGAGGCAGGACUGGGGAAAAACGAGAUCGGAGAAGCAGCGACCGAGCGCAUUGAGAGACCGCGUGUGGCCGUCAAACUCAUCACUCCACAGGCAUGCCUGGAAUCCUGCAGCGUGGGCUGCUGACGGCCCUGUUACUCUUGGUGACGGUGGUCUCCUGUGGCCACGCGGCGACGGCACUGACGCCGGACUGCGUCCCCCGUGAGCUCUGCAUGGACACCGACGCACUCCAGAGGAUCGCUCAGAGCGUGGCGCACAACAUUAGUUCAGCACAUGACUGGAGAAUUCUUCUCAGGACGGAUCAAUUUUCACAAAUAAGAAGAUGGCGAAAUCUUCAUGGCUGCGUAAUGCGCCAAGUUGCCCGUUUCUACGAGCGCGUUUUCCAGGAGAAGCUGGGCCUUAAAGAGAACGAAGACAUCACCGAUCACAGUGGUCCAUUCGUGGACCUGACAGGCCUCAUGCAUGAGCUGGACGGCUGUGUCCGUGUGGUUGAGGGGAAGUGUGAGAGAUUGAAUCAGAAAGCUGAGAAGAUGCCACUUAUUGAGCCAUCAUCUAGCAAAAAACCGACGCCAAGACAAUGGGCAAUUCUACAGAUUCAGCGGCUUAAUGACGCCAUAAAAAGGAUCAGUGAGGAGGAUACCUUAAACAAGGCGCUGGACGAGCUGAAGCUUCUCCAUAACUACAUCCGAGGGCGCGGCGUUCACAAAUGGUCAAUUGACUAAAGAAGACAUCACGCUAGCUCAUUUUCGGCUAAUAUCUCACUCUGUUUGUGUAGAGUCCGCUACACUUUUCUUUCUCACUCUGUGCCUGUGUUUAGCCAUGAAACGCAGGAACCUGUCUUUUAGUAAGCAGCCGCAAAUCACCGAACACUUAAAGACUCUUCGUCAUUCACAUUCUCUCAAAUAGGGAACACUCAGACAGGUAAAGUUUUAAAAGACGGGCAUAAGAACCACUCAGAAUUCUCUAGAAGGGACAACCAGUCUCUGGCUUUGUUUACCUCUGUUGUCACUAGCCGGUGCAUAUGAAUGUACAGUAGACAAUGUGAAGCACAGAUGACGUCCUUUAGAAGUAUCAUUUGGACAUUGUAGGGCAAGCAAAGUUCUCUCAAAAAGCUUUUUUUUGUUGUUGUUGUUUACUCAUAAAGCUUUUUUUUUCUAACAUGCAAAACUGUAUAGUCUGUUACAGCUCCACAUAGACAGUGCAAACAGUUUAUCAAAUGUGACCCUGCAAGGCAAAAUCAGUCGCUUUGCGCACAAUGUUAUUUUGAGAAAAUCCGCAACAAACAAACUUCCGGGUUAAAAUGUUGAAUUUCACAUUUUCGCAUAAUUCAAUAGUAUAGAGUCUGCAGUUUUCUAUCGUGAACACAUUUCCUCCACAUACGUUUUGACUGUUAAACCCGGUGAAGAUUCAACACAUUAGCAGUCAUUCCCGUUGUCCACGCCGCUUAUAAAGGUGAUUUACUCCUCAUCUGGCAUAUCGUGACGGGAGAACCAUGUCAACUUUGGAUGCGGUUGUCUAUAGCGAUACAUUUUUGUAAUACCCUCGAUACACAUAUCGCUGGAAAGCUUAGUUUAGGGCCGUUCAUGUGAGCACAAUAACUUAAUUGUGUACAUUUUUACCAACGCGCCUGGUUUCGUCUUGCAGGGUCACAAAUAGAGAUCACUCUCUAGAGCAAGUUUUAUGAAGAUUACUGUAUGUUCUUGGUGCUGCUAAAUUAUCUGUUGCCCUUUGUUCCGGCUUCAUUAGUUUGUCUAAUGUUAAUGUAAAUGUUAAUGUAACACAUGAAAUGGAUCCCUUUCAUGCAACUCCUGUACUUUCGGUGAAAGGUUACAAUUUCUUGCACAUGCAGGAUUAUUGCUUCCAAUGUUAAGUAAUAUUGUACGUCAAUAUUUUGUCAAGAAUAUGAUGCAUUGUUAGAGACACGAAUACACUGAAUGUAUAACACAUGUGUCUUUAAAAGACAAGUUUCAUAACCUUUAUAGAGCGCGAGCGCACACACACACACACACACACACACACACCAACACAGUACUGUUGACAUAAUACAGAGACUGAAUGUAUUUGUUGAAUGCCUGUUGAACUGUGUCUAUGCUAGUCUUUCAUUUGCUUUCCAAUACGAAAACAGCAAUGAUGACAAUAAUGAUCAUAAUAAUAAUAAAAACACAAAACACUU